GGGUUCGAUGUUGGAGGCGAAGAUAAGCGAUAAAUCUAGUUUGUUGCGGGAAAAUUGACGCUUUUACGGUUUUGAUCAUAACGAUAAUCAUACGAUGUACAGUGCUUAGCAUCUAGCAAUCUUGUGCAUUAUGACAGUAUAGAUCUAAGUAUUUACGAUUCUAAAGAUGGCAGGAAAAUCUGCUAGUUGCAGUUCUCGGAGUUCUGAUGAAUUGGAUUAUCAGCCUAGUAUUGUAAAAGAAUCAUCCCAAUCAUCGUCUUCUCUCUGUUCCACAGAAAAUGACGUCCCUUCCAGCACUGGUGACUGGACUCAAAGUUUAGUCUAUAGACUUGGACUACGUUAUGCACAUAAACUACCGUUUGAAAUGGUAACUGAGCACAUGUCAGAUCUAGCUCUCCUGUUUCCUAAAGAAGUUGAUGAACUUGAGGAGGCAGUGGCUGAACUUGGUUCCAAUCUUUCCUGUGUGGGAUAUUUUGAUUGUGAUAGUUUGUUCGAUAUUCGCGUGCACAAUCUCUCAUUGGACUCGGACGAAGACCCAAACACACUAAAGAUGAAAGUACCAUUCAAGGAAAUAGAUGUAUUGAAGUACCUGGCCUUUGCUAAAAAGUUCGGAUAUAGUUUGUGGUAUACCCUGAGGGAGAGGCAGCGAGGCAUUUCUGAGGCCAAAUAUCAAUGUUUAUUCGAACAAUUUCUUCAGAUGUUUGGAAUCCAAGUCAUGGCACAGCCUGAAUUGAACUCGGAAUCUGCAGAAAUAUUUGGAGAGAAGGUUUCAGCGCAGGCGGAUAUUCUGUGCUUAAGUCGAAGAGGAGGGGUCGUGAAUCAAAAAAAUUAUAUGGCGGUUUGUGAGGUUACAAAGGAAUGUUGUUCUGCAGACAUAGAUGUGGGACCAACAGCUCCUAAGUUAAGAAGGACAGACAACACCUCAGAAGAUCUCCCAGUCGCUAAGGAGAACACAAGUCUACCAGACGGACUACCAGCCCAACAUGUCGGACAACUCCUGACCUACUUACACAAUUCAAUUUGUAAAGAGGCGAUACUUGGGAUGACUGUGGAGAAAACCUUUGUGACAUUUUCAAGGUUAUUUGUGGCAGGAGAAACAAUGGACACAAUUAAAAGAUCACGUGGAUCCUUUAAAGUAAAGGAGGAAGAGAGACCCAUUCUGUACCACAGCAAACGUUACAAUUACCUGUUGGAAGAAGACAGAAAGGAAAUCGUUAAAGCAAUUCUGGCUCUGACAAUAUUGGAACAUCGAAUACCGUUGUUUACAAUGAUGAAAAAUAGCUGAUAAAAGAAUCAUAAUAUGAUGUUAAAAUUGUCAUGGGAAUCAGAAAUAUUUUGUUGUGAGUCAUGGAAAGGAACCUGUUUUACGUAGGAUUAUAAAGGAAAGUCCUUUGAAAAUCUUCUGAAGAGCAACAGUUGAACAUGGUGUGAAGUUCCUGUGUAAGAAUAAAUAUCUUUUUCUGUCUUCACCUUUCAUGUAAAAGGGUAUGCUCACUUUCCUACUGAUAUUUCAGUGUAACAGUCAUUAGUUUCCUAUCAUAUACAACAAUGACAUUGGUGACAUCGAUUUUGAAUAUUUUCUUGUAUCUUUUUUCCUCUGCACAAAGUACCGUUCAUAUUGUGUAUGUUACUGCUCAUGCUUUCUUCUCCAUACUAUCCAGUGCAUUAAGGGAAGGAUGAUGUAAUUAUAUCCCAUGCAAUGAAGUUGCAGAUGGUAUAAUGUUUUUGACCCGUUUGUCAGUUCGUCAGUCACUUUCUUGUCAGCGCAACUCCUUUGAGACCGCUCAACAGAAUUUCGUGAAACUUUGUAGUUGAUAAGGACACACCAUCUAGAUAUGCAUAUUUCCAGAAAAUUUUAAUUCAGUAAUUUUUCUGGCAGUUAUGCUCCUUUUGAGCUUAGAAUUUUGAGCUAGUCUGUCCUGUUCUUGUCAGCGCAACUCCUCUGAGGCCGCUUAAGAGAAUUUUGUGAAACUUUGUAGUUAAUACGGACGGACACUCUGUAGAAGUGGAUAUUCCCAGAAAAUUCUGAUUCAGUAAUUUUUCUGGGAGUUAUGCCCCUUUGGUAGUUAGAAUUUCGAGCCCAUCUGUCCAGUUCUUGCAGUAAUGCAUAGCAUUACCAUUCAUUAUGUGAGGGAUUGUCAAGCAAUGUAGGAUCAUGGGAUAUGUGAGCAUUCUUUCAUAUGGAGCACUUACAAUUUUGGGGGUGGGAGGGGGCAUUUGUUUGUUAAAGAAACAAAUUAUAUUUUUAUAGCUAUACAUACCCGAAUUGUGCCUGGUUGCUGUCUAUCACACUGUGAGGUGUAGGACCAUUACUCUUGGUCAGCUGAUGCAUCUUGGUGGGGAAGGUAUGUUGCUAACGAGGAAAGGAUCACUGUGACCUUAUUUUGGAAUUGUAAUUGGCAAUUUCACGGCUUGUGACAUCAAGCAUACAAACAUGCAUCUCGUAUGUGUAGUUGUAGAUGGGUGUAUCAUGUUGUUAGGCAGUGCGCCUGCUCUUGAUGUGUUAAUGACAUAAAUACAUGCAAAAUAGGACUCUUUACUGCUUCUGAUAAUACUUGACUUUGUUCAGGAGUCCACAUCACUAUCUUUUGCAGAUGUUAUUUAAGAAGCAGGAUUUGGUAUAUUUUUCAUGGUUUUAUUCGUACUGUUGUUUUGUUAUUUUAUUGUGUAAAUUAUUUUGUAGCUAAUAAAUAAUGUAACCAUA